CAUCUUCGUUGUUUCCAAUAACCCUUUUUAUUCCUAAAGUUUUAAGCGAAUUGCUUGAAACAUAAGCUUUGGCGUUUUUUUUUUUAUGCUGAAUAGUGUAGGAUUUCUUCCGUCUUGAUUUCUGAUUUAUUUCUAGUUAGUUACUUUAUUCUCUUUCUUUCGGGUUUGCUAAUUUUGCUUGGAAAUGAGUUUAUUCAAUGGCUAAAAUGCCUUUUUUUCAUUUCCAGAUCGUAAUCUUAGCAAGAAACAAAAAUAAGAGAAAAUUAUUAGUUUUUUUUUCUUUUAAAUGGCGAUGAACAGAAAUGCAAUUACGACAGCGAUUUUAUUGUUUUUAAUCUUCGCCGAUGUUUCCAAUGCUUCGUUGUUUUGGAAGCUUCGAUACUUGCGGAUAAAUCUCCAUCAAAGAACGACACCACCGCCCCAACGCUGCCCUUCUCCGUUGCCAAGUCCUUCAUUGGGUUCGGGCGCCAAGAAAUCAGACAGUCCAUCGAAAUUGGAUCCCAAGUUUUUGAAUAGAACGGAUUCCGUGACUCCACUUCCAGAUGAUAAGAAGGAUCCAACACUAUCGGAUAAAACGGAGAAGGAGAGUCCAGCUCCUGAAAACGAAAUAGAUAGUGGAAAUAAUUCAAGUUUAACUUCAAAUUCAAAGAAUGAUAAAACAAUGAAGGAUACUGAGGAGAAGAAAAAGUAUAUAUAUAGUGGAAAGAAUCCAAAAAGUACGGAGCCUGAGAAACAAAGGAGGAUAAGAAUAAGAAGAAGACAAAUGGGGAUGAAAGUGGUUCCAAGUCAGGGAUUGCGGAAACGUGUGAUGGCGUAGCUAACAGCUGUGUAGACGGGAAUUCCAUGACUGCCUGCAUUUAAGGUUUUGGAACUGGUCAUUCCAUACUGCUCUUUCGGUUUUUUUUUUUUCUUUUAACUGGUUGUGGUGGUGUUGAGUUCUGAUGUGAGGGUACUCUUAAUAGGAUAAGAAAGGGAAGAUAGUGAUCGGAUACAAAAGCAUGUAGUGUUUAUUGCAUUUGCACUUUGAUGCACAAAUCAAAAAUCAAAAUAAAAGAGGUCAGAACGAGGGAAAAGUAAAAGGUGUAGAUAAAAUGUAACAUGUGAUGAUAAUGCUUAGAUGUUUGUUUUUAUAAAUGAGUGACAUGGGACCAAUGAGGGACAACAAUGACAUGUUCGAGUUAAUGUGGCACUAAACAUGUCAGGUCAGGUCGACUCAAAUGUCUUAAAUACCUUUGGUUGUUUGCUAGAAGCCUCUAAUAAAGAAAAGACCAUCAUGCCUUUUGAACCACUAAAUACCCCAACAUUCUAUCAUCUCAUCAAACAGUCUGAGUAUCUGACUAUUAGGUGUGCAGUUAAUUCAUUUUGCACAAGUCGACCAACUUAAAGGGGACCAUAAGGGAUCUAAUCCCCUAUGGUUAAGGUCGGUGUGUAGGCUGGCAUCAAAGAACUAUUUGUUGUUUAUUUCGACAUAAGGUGCUCUAAUGAAUGCCAACCUGAUGUGAGUCCAAUCUUUCACGUGUGCUUUGGGUUAAAUAUAUAAGUAAUUUGAAAGUUGUUGAGGUGUUUUUUAUUUGGGAUGAUCCGAGGUUAAGAUGAAAGAUUUGGAAAGGUUGAAGAGUCCAUCUGGCUAAUGUGAGAGUUAAACAUUUUUUCAGAAGCUUGAACUUGAAUCCUUAUUUAAGCUUUGGUGAUGAACCAACCACCAGUUCACUAGACCGAUUCGACUUUAAGACCCAUUUGAUCUGGUGAAACUGACCAAGUUAAGUGAUUGAGGUUACAUUAAAUGGAGGUAAUUUGGACAAUAAAAUUCAGAGUAGAGAAGGUAAAAAAAUAUUUUCUAAUAGUGCUCUGACAUGUGGCACAAUCUAGGUCAUUCAUCUGAUUUAAGGAGCACCUAUAUAAAAGGCUAUUGGGACC